AUGGAUUUGGUUGUAGAAGAUUAUUUAUCCGAUUCGGAUGAGGAGGACUUUCAACAACUAAUGGCAAUCUACAUUAACUUUCAAAAGAAUAGAUUGCUUCUAAAGAAACCACGUGUGCAAAGGAUCUCAAAGUUAAAAGGACACCAUUAUGUUCUUGAGCUUCUGAAUGGUCAUCCAAUGACUUGUUUUGAUUUGCUUCGAAUGACUCCAAAAAUCUUUAUCAACUUGUGUGAAGAGUUAAAAAAGGGGGAAAAGUUGAAAAACUCAAGGUUUAUAUCAAUACAAGAACAAGUUGCAAUGUUUCUUCUCAUUAUUUCUCAUAAUUCGAAGCAAAGAUUUGUUGCAGAUAGAUUUCAACAUUCUUUGGACACUGUUCAUCGCCAUUUUCGAAAAGUCUUAUAUGCUAUCUGUUCGCUAUCGAAGCAUUUGAUUGUUCCACCUUCAUUUGAAGAAAUCCCCCCGGAGAUUAAAAAUAAUCCAAGAUAUUAUCCAAUAUUCAAGAAUUGUGUAGGGGCUAUUGAUGGAACUCAUGUAUCAGCACGUGUGCCAUUGGAUCAACAAAUUCCUUAUCGUGGAAAAAAAACUAACCCUACCAUGAACGUAAUGUGUGCGUGUUCAUUUGACAUGAGAUUCACAUUUGUUAUGGUUGGAUGGGAGGGAACAGCAAAUGAUUCAAGAAUUUUUUGGGAAACCAUUACCAAUAGAGAAGAAAGUAAGUUUCCCAUGCCUCCCAAAAGAAAAUAUUAUCUUGUUGACUCAGGGUAUACAAACAUGCCUGAAUUUCUCACACCAUAUCGUGGAGAAAGAUAUCAUUUGCGUGACUAUAGAGGAGCAAGGAACCAACAAGGUCCCGAGGAGAUAUUCAAUUAUACACAUUCUUCAUUACGUAAUGCUAUUGAAAGAUGUUUUGGUGUGUUGAAAGCUAGAUUUCCCAUCCUCAAAGAUAUGCCUCCUUAUGAUUUAAAAAGACAAAAAUAUAUAAUUUUGUCUUGUUGUGUUGUCCACAAUUUCAUCAAAAUGUGCAAGGAUGGAGAUCCUUUAUUCAUCCAUUAUGUAGAUGAAAAUGUCGAGCUUGAUGAUGAUGGUAUUCCCACCACUGGAUCUGAGGACCAAGUAACUCCUAGUGUUAGUCAGAGAGAACUUCGUCGAAUGGCCAAGUUUAGAGAUCGUUUGGCAAAAAAAUUGUGGGAGAGACAAACUUCUCAAUGA